CGGGGGCCCGACCGUGUGGGCGCCAGCUUCGCGAGGCCUGCAUGCUGCCCCCCACGACCACUGUACCUGGGGGAAGGCCUGCCUCGGGCCUGGGCGUGAGCCGGUGGCGGCUCUGGACUCCCCCUGCAGGGUCCAGUUUCCGGGGGCUGGGCGGGGAAGGAGCUAGCUUCCCACGGGGUCUGACCGGCCGAAUGAUGCCAACAUCUCCGGACCUCAAGCCAGAGGUUUCAUCCAGAGAGAGCCGUAGGAACCACCUGCAAGUUGCACGGCAAGGCAGAGUCUCCUGGCUGUUAGGCCCUCGAGGACUGAGCUGCCUCAUGUUACUAGCAUUCUUUGAGGCCUGUGUAAUAAGGCCAAGAACCCGGUCGUUAUAACGUACGCCACGUGUAACAAUUAUUUCAUUUUUCAGUGGGUGCAGCCCUUGCCUUAGGGCCUGCCAGCUCGAGUUGGGCAGAGAAGACGGUUUCAGAGUGUUUCCUGAGCUUCACGUGUGGCAGGGUCAGGAACAUGGGAUGCAGGGACGGUUCUUCCCUCAAGAACUUUACCUUGAAAGGAAACUAGCCAGUGUGGGACCAGCCGCAUGGGAAGUGACAGAUGCCCAGGUGGAGGAAGCAGUGCUGUGGGGCCACAGAGCCAGCAGCUGUCAGGCCAAGUAGCUUCCUCCAAGUGGAGUCAGCGUAGAGCCAGGGUGACUUCACAUCCUGCUUUGGACAGCUCAGCCCACCAGGUGGGACUUAAGCAUACAUUUCCCUUUUGUAGUGGCUCUCGGUUUUACCUGUUUUCUGUAAAGCUAGAUCCUAACAUGUUGAUUGGGGACCAGGUGCAGUGGUGCAUGCCGCUAAUCGUAGCUAUUUUGAAGGCUGAGGCAAGACGAUCACAAGUUCAGGCUGGAUAACUCAAAAAAUUAAAACUCCAUAUUCCCUGGGUUCAGUCCCCAAUACUAGAGGAUGGGGAGAGUGGCUGUAUGAGCCUUUGCCCUAGGUGACAUGGUACCUCUGUCCUCCUCAGUAGAGAUUCUGCCAUAUUCCUGCAGCCUCUCCCAGCCCAGGUGGUCUUUUCUCACCUUUAGAUCUAUCUCCCAUUUGCCACUGAGAACUGUCUCCUCAUACGUCACCUCCAGCAGCAAGAGAACAGGUGCCAUUUUCCUGGAGCAGAACCUCAGCUGCACACGCAGGACAUGGCAAGCCACCCCUGCAGGACUAGAGUUACAGAAGGAUCAGGAAACCCCUGAUCUCAAGCCUUCAGCCCUCCUCGGAUUCAGGGUGCUUCCUGCCUCCUAGGAUCAGUGAUGGAAAUGCCGGAAGGCAGGAAAAAGACAACCCAGGCCCCCAAAGAGGAAGCAGUUGUGCAAGAGGCCACUCUCAAAGAAGAAAAAGCAUCAGGUGGGAAAAGGCUGAACAAGAGACGCGCAAGGGCCAGCAAACACCGCAGAGAGCCAGCUCUGAGCCCUGAGGAUGAGGCACAUCUCUUUGAUGCCUUCGAUGCCUCAUUUAAAGAUGACUUUGAGGGGGUUCCUGUGUUUGUGCCCUUUCAGAGAAAGAAGCCCUAUGAGUGCAGUGAUUGUGGACGGAUAUUUAAGCACAAGACAGAUCACAUUCGCCAUCAGAGAGUUCACACAGGGGAAAAGCCCUUUAAGUGUGAGGAGUGUGGGAAGACCUUUCGGCACAGUUCUGACGUCACUAAACACCAGAGAAUUCAUACCGGUGAGAAGCCCUUUAAAUGUGGGGAGUGUGGGAAGGCCUUUAACUGUGGCUCCAACCUCCUGAAACACCAGAAAACACACACAGGCGAGAAGCCCUAUGAGUGUGAGGAGUGUGGAAAAGCCUUUGCCUAUAGCUCCUGUCUCAUCCGCCACCGGAAGCGCCACCCAAGGAAGAAGCACUAAGCAGGCAGUGGCCUGUGGCGCUCUGAGUUUGUGAUGGUGCACUGUGGCCUCUCUCAUUCCUGGAAGCCCAGGGAUCAUGUAUACUGUACCAGGUAUGCCUAUGGCUGCCUGGUCUCUCAUCAUCAGAAAAAUCCACCUGCCAGACAUAGGAGCAACUGAGCCAGCCCAGGAAGUCUGUACCAAGGCACAGUGAUAACACAGAGCUCCCUAGACUCAUUGCAUCUACACUCAUUUUCUGAGAUACUUCAUGCCACCUGGGACUCAGCACCAGAGACACACAGCACAAGCCCUGGGACAGUGCAGCACCCAGCAGGAGCAGCAUCUACUGCUGAUGCGGGCCCAGUGUCUUCUGUAUCAGCCCUUCUGCCAGCACAUCCCAGGGGCUCCAGUCUGUGGACCUCGGCCCCCUGGGUCUCCAGGCCCAGCCCCAUGCAGCUGAGACAGAGCCAAGACCUCAAGCUGGAUCAAGUGCUCUGUGGCCAGCUCAACAGACCCAGGUGCCCACUGGGUGGCACCAGUCCUCUCUUGUCUCUGUGUAGUUGGCGUCUAUCUUUGGGCUGGAGCACGAAUCCCUGAGUUCAGUCAUUGUCCUCAGAACUGGACAAUAUUAUGUGUCCUCGGUCCCAGCUGUCAUCUCAAACAGACAGCCUGACUCACCUGGAUGAGCUCAUUGGAAAUAGGCUCAGUAUGCCCUUGAGCACUGCCACCAUGGGAGAUUCCUUCCCAGACACGCAGUGGGGCCCAGGGGCCAUUGACAGCACCAUUGUCAGCUUUGACUCGCUUGAUCUAAAGACAUAGCAGUGGCCCUGCCCAAAGGUGGCCCUCCACUCAGCUCUGCUGACAAAGUGCACCUCUCCUCCCUGACCACACACUGGCCGGCGGCCCAAGGAGCCCCUUGUGGCCGACGGGUCUGGAGCGAUGCCAGUGGCUGUCCUGUGAAGAGGCUAUUCAGAUCCCUGCUCCCUUGAGCCCAUUUUUCAGUUAGGACCCAUAGGACAAGCCCAAGAUAUGGAAUGCCAUAUGCCAAGUACCAGCCCUGGGGUGGGCUGCACAGACACCUGCAGCAGUGAGCAGAUCACAGGUGGCCCUCCAGCAGCUGACUGCUAGAGUGGAUCACCCCAACAAGAAGCUCCGGCAAGACAUGCAUGUAAAGGAACCUUGAAAGCAUUGGGAAGAACCCCCAUGAUCCUAUGUUCAAGGGAGGAGCAGAGAGGACCCGAGUCCACAUGCAGCUCCCUGGGCAGAGGAUGCAGCAGAGAGGCGGCAGGGGACCUGCACCCCUAGUGGCUGUCACUGGGGUCAGCUUGGGGGCAAGACAGAGUGAGCGCAAAGAGGUCCUUCAGACACAGUGGGACACUGCAGGGCCCUUUCCCUGGUUCCCAAACCAACUGUUCCUGAGUACCAGCAGUCCCCACUCACUGUUAGCCAGUGCCACUGGAGGGCCCCCAGCACUAGCUUCUGACUUCAGAAGGCCACCCAGAAGAAGUGGUUAAGAAACCCACUCAGUGUUCACAACCUUCUGGUUAUCUAAGAUGUGCUCAAGGGGAAACCCCUGAACCAAACAUCAGAGAUCUUGUUGCAGGAAAAUGUUUAACCAAAGCUAGAAACUUGUGAGGAAUGUAAGACGUCCACACUGGCCAGGACCUCUCACCUGGGAACACAUCCCCAACCACUUGUCCAGCAAGUACUGUCUCCCAAAGCCUCGUCGUACAAGAAGAGCACUGGCUAACAGGGCUCCAGCCAGGCACCAUGUGCAGAGAGCCUGGGCCCGAGACCAGACAUUGAGUGUCCUUCAAAGAAGUGCUUUGUGAGGACUCACUGGCAUGUGUCCCUAAAGCCUCAUCCCCAUUGGGCAAAAAGGCAGAAACCAUCUCAGGGGAGAAGCAGAAGGUGAGCAUGUUGGACAGGGGCACUCUGCCCCACAGGACCAACAUCUCAGGGACACAAACCAGCUUCUCAGCAGCAGGGCCUUGUCUGCCAUCUGCACAGAGAGGAACAGUGGCUUAGACGUGGCCAGGCUGGGUCCACUCAUUUCCUGGCAGGCUGUGACGCUGUCGUGCACCUGAGCUGUAUUUCUUUUGACCUCAGUAGUCCCUCCCAAUUUGGGCACCAAGAUGUGAUAUUCCUUUUCUGUGAAAGAGAGUGAGACACCAAGACACACUACAGAGGAAGGCAGACCUGGAGGAGGGAGGGGCCUCCUGGCCCCAGAUGCACAUGAUUCAGAGCUUCUGGGGAGACGCAAAGGAAGAUGGCAUAGACUUCCAGAGGUAGUGUGGACAAGGAGCUGGGCCCUGUGCCCCAGGGCAGCUGUAGGCUGGGAUACUGCUCUAGCCUCAGCCCAAGCCUUCUAGAACCUGCUGCCUCAAGAACUUAUUGCUCGUUCCUGAUUUCCUCACUCACCAGCUAUAUGGUUAGUGCACUGAGGACAAGCAGAUUUUCCUCACCUUAACCACACCUUGCUAUAGGGACACCCAGGUUGGCAGUGUUGCACUGCAUCUCCAGGGAAGAAGCUGUGGGACCCGCAGAGGGUUCCUGGUGCCCCUUGGCACAGCCACCUGCCCAUGCCCACCUCAGCCUCAUCAAGGUGGGCGGUGUUUGUCUUCACUUUCCUGUGUUUCUAGUUCUGAUCCAGCUGAGCCCUUAGCUGUCCUUAUAUCACAUCACUGGGCAUGUGUCCUGCCCUUAUUAUGAACUGCAGUGAUUGGUGCAUUGUGAACAACCUUCGACAGCCAUAGCUGUAGUCUCUUGUGUGUGCCAGCUACUCCCCUGGUGUGGUGUUUGCCAGUUACAUUGUCCAAAUAACUUUCCAGUUGGCCAAAGUUGUUAAAUUUUCAUUUUCAUAUAAUAUCCUUAGCCCUUAAUAGUGUCAACACUGGAACAUUCCAUUUGUCUUUGUGUGUGGUUCCCUCUGUGGAUUCCUGUGCAGGUCCCCACAUUGCCUACAGUGACUUACAGUACUCAUUAGCAGACACUGCCUUUUCCUGCUGCUUAUGGAUAUCUAUUUUCUCAGAGUAAAAGUCUAUUUCUAACUCACUUCCUGUGUGCCAGAGCAUUGCAUUCUGGGGGUGCACUCGAGUCCUC